GCCAAAUCCUCUCUCCAUGAAGCCCCCUCCUUCACCACCGCCCCCCAGCACCCCAAUUUGGGGCGGCGAUGAGCAGCCCCCCAGCCCCACCACCACCGCCAGCCUCCAGCUGCACCGCAAGGAGCAAGAAGCCUUCUUUGCCCUCCUGGAGGAUACCGUGGUGCAGGAGUUCCUGUCGAUGGAUGUCUGCUGCAGGGUUUCUGACAAGUACCUCCUGGCGAUGGCGCUGACGUACUUCAGGCGUGCCCGGCUGCCCACCUCCAAGUACACCCGCCUCAACCUCUUCACUGCCCUGUACCUGGCUCACGACAUGGAGGAGGAUGAGGAGGAGACCAAAUUCUGCAUCUUCCCCUGGGCCCUCGGCCGCCGCUGGCACCGAAUUUUCCCCCAAUUCCUGCGCCGCCGCGAUCGCCUCUGGGCCCGGAUGAACCACAGAGCGGCCGUCAGCCGCCACUGCUGCGAGGAG